GCUCCCAGAUAUGGAUCACACCGUCCUUCGCUGUGUAAAACUUGUGAAGGAAUGCUGACAGAAAUCUAGUGAUCGGAUCGCGUACAAACAUUGCUUUACGAGAAAAACCACUCUAUGGGGAGGCUAUGCGUUCUAGUUAUUGAUAAUAAAGAAUUGAUGUAGCCGGUUUAUAAACGAUGAAUGGUUCAAUUUUCAACUUCACUUAUGAUGAGUUUAGCAGUUAUCAGUACUAUUGGGAAGAGGAGACGAAUUACUUCGUUGACGUAGUCUACUUGCUGAUAGCUACUGUUGGAUGUAUCGCUUUUGUAGGAAACGCAUUCAUAAUAGGUGUUGCGUUGUCUACGGUGAAAAUUCGUAAGAAGCGCAGUAACUACUUCAUCAUGAACCUUGCAUUACAGGACGCAUUCGUGGGAUUUACCGUCGCUACUAUUUAUAUUAUUACAUACAAAUCUGCAUACACCGAUUUAAAUAUCUCCAUAUUGACAUUUUGUUCGUACACGUACACGGCAUUGCUAUUAUCAUCAAUGUUGGCGAUUCUGAUGAUCGCGAUCGAGCGGUGUUUUGCCAUAAUAGCGCCAUUUCAACAUCGUCUGUACGUGACAAAAUUCACAUUAUCCGUUGCAAUAUUUAUAGAUUGGUUGGUGUUCGGAGGGAUGUACAUAUUUUUGAAGUAUUUUGAGGGAAGUCCACUGGUGAUGCCAAUAUUUAUGCUUUGUAUAAUAUCGACAAACUUUCUAAUAUACCUUGUAAUUUUUUUAUCCGUCAAGAUUCACUCAUCAAAAAUUCAACGUGUAUGCAAUAGGCCUAUAUCUCGCAAGAAACAGAUGAAUCGGGACGCGAGACUGAUCACCACAUUCGCUAUUUUGCUUGGAAUAUUAAUAACGUGUUUCGUGCCGUUUUGGGUUCUUGACAUUCUACUGAGGACAAGUUCAUCACCGGCAGUAAAUGAAGCAAUUUUCGUCACCACGGUCCUAAUACCACUCAAUUCAGCCGUCAAUAUGUUUGUCUACUGGUGGCGGAUUCCGGAGUUUCGAACGGCCUACAAGCGGGUAUUUUCAUGUAAAAAGUGUGAGGAAAAGCAAUCGACCACUCAAAAUCGAUCCGCUAAUAAUAAUAAACAGCACACGAAAAUAUCAAUAAUUAGCUCCCGAAUAUAAAGGACACGUUGCCAAGUUUUUGAAUAUAGCUAUAAAAACACAUCAUUUCAAUAGAUUAGUUAUAUAAAUUUAAAAUCAUAAUGAAAAAUAUAAUCAUAUGAAAAAUCAUAAUGAAAAAUAUAAAUAUUUAAAAUCAUAAUGAAAAAUAGUAAGUGCGUAUCUCAAUAUUUAAUUAGUUAUAUUUAUACUGGCCAGGAAUAUAAAUGUAUAAUAAACAUGGGCCUAAGAUAUGUGAAUUUUUAUGUAUCCUAAUUUAUAUAGGCCUAUAUAUAUAUUUUUAUAUUUACAAUUAAAUUAACAUUCACCAACAUUAUGCUACAAGAAUUUAGUAGACCAGAAUGGUUUAUUACUUUGAUAAAUUCACAUUGUUUUGAUGUCAAUAUAUAGUGUGAGGUAUAUGAAAUAAAAUGAAUUGUAAAUCAAAUUUUAUUCAGAAGUGGUCAAUUCGCCUUUCUGUACGUUGAGAAAAUAACAUCAUGAAAAUUAAGACCUUAGAAAUGAUAAGAAUUGUUGCAUUAAAAAAAUUCGAGAAAAUUGGAAUUGCAAAAAAAAAGAAUGGUGCAAGAAGCACAUUUUCAUAGGCUGAAUCAGCUGUUGUGUAAGUGUAAUUUUUUUUACACACUAUGAAGCGCUUUAGCCUACAAAGUACUUAACUACCAGCACACCAGCUUGGGUGCUCUUUCUCGAUAAAAAUAAAAUUUCGAUGAUAUCAGCAAAUACCAGUCUACCGCCCUCUAUUAUAAAUAUUGCAACGAAAGAAAUGGUUGCUAUGAUCCAGUACUGCAAGUGUAUCAGACUACCGACCUCCUUUUCGCACAUUAUGUUUAUUAUGUUUUAUUAUGUUUGUUUUCGGCUUACAAUCUAUUGCCAAUUUAAUUUUCUUUUUUUUUUCACCUGACGAAGCCAAUGGUAAAAUAAAGUGAUUCAAUCUUUAACCAUAAUAAUUGACAUAGCAAGGGAUUUAUUCCGUGAGUAUGGGUUAUUCAUGAAUUUGAUAUUUCUAA